GUAUGCAUUCUUUGUUUCUUUUGUUAUUCACAGUGGGUUUAGUGGCUGAAGCCAAGACAUAUCAUACUAAAGUAGCCAUUUUGGGUGGUGGUGUCAGUGGUAUUAGUGCCGCAUUAAACUUGACAGCAAAUGGUAUUGAUGAUUUUAUGAUGAUUGAAGCAAGAGAUAUUCUGGGUGGUCGUGCCCAAGAUGUACCUUUUGCUGAUGUCAACCUUGAAUUGGGUUGUAAUUGGGUUCAGGGACUUGGAUCGAAUCCAAUCAAUCAACUUGCCUUGAAAUACAAUUUGCGUACUGCUGUUACAGAUGGUGAUGAUGUUGUCUUUUAUGAUCAGACUGGCAAGAUCAAUGCUACAGAUAGAUACAAUGCGAUGAAUGAUGCUUAUUCUGUGAUGUCUGAUAUUGCUAACAAAAGAGUCAAGAAGGAUCAAGUCGAUAUCUCUGGUCGUGUGGGUCUUAGUCUGGCUGAUUGGUACCCUAAUAGUCCCAUGGAUGACGCCAUUGAAUACUAUGUCUGGGACUGGGAAAUGGGAGAAAAUCCUGAACUCUCUUCUACUCUCUUUACCGUCGUCAAUGACUAUUGGACUUAUGGUGAUAAAGCCUUUGGUCCUAACAGUGAUGGAGACCAUAUGGUGAUUGAUCCUCGUGGCUUUAAAUAUAUCUUUUUACAGGAGGCUAAAAAAGUCUUUUCAACUCACGAUAAACGUUUACUUUUGAACACAACCGUCACAAAGAUCGCCUACAGUGAUUCUGGUGUCACCAUCUCUACCAAACAAGGUGACACGAUUCAUGCUGACUAUGCUAUCACUACGUUCAGUAUUGGUGUCUUGCAACAUCGUGAUAUUGAAUGGAGUCCUCGUUUACCUGAAUGGAAACUAGAAGGACUCUAUGGUUUUCAUAUGGCUACUUAUACCAAGAUCUUUUUGAAUUUCCCUUACCAGUUCUGGGAUGAUCAACAGUUCACUGUCUGGGCAGAUCCUGAUCAACGGGGUUAUUAUGCGGCAUGGCAAAACUUAAAUACACCUGGUUUCUUACCUGAUAAUUCAACUAGCCAUAUCUUCUUUGUCACAGUCACUCAAGACAUGUCGUAUCGUGUGGAAGACAUGACAGACGAGGAAGUCAAGAAAGAGAUCAUGGUUGUCUUGCGUCGUAUGUACGGGGAUGAUAUUCCUGAACCAACUGAUUUCAUGUUCCCUCGUUGGCAUACCAAUCCUCUUUUCCGUGGUAGUUAUUCUAACUGGCCUAUUGGUGAAAUGGAUGAACACCAUGCCAACAUGAAAGCACCUAUUCAGAACCGCGUCUUUUUUGCUGGUGAAGCCAUGUCUGCUGAAUAUUAUGGUUUCUUACAAGGUGCUUGGUUUAGUGGUGCAGAGACAGGGUUGCAUGUAUCUCAAUGUAUUCAAAAGAACUGUCCUGCAGCAGACUAUUAUCCUGAAAUCACCCAUGCCAAAUUAAAGGCCAGUGUCAUUCGUCGUUCUCUUGUUUAUUGAAUAAAAUAAGAUAAAAUAAAACAAAAUAAAAU